GAGGCCAGCCAGGUAGGCAUAAACCGGAAAAAGUAAUACAAAGAAAAGUAGUAAGCAAAACCGUGGAAAAAAGCGUCGUGUUGUGUUUAUUUUUUUAUUUGAUAAUAAUAACCGCAAUCAUCAAAUGUGUGUGGAUUCAACAAAUUGAGGUUUUUGAUGGAAUUCCGAUGAAUCCUUUUUCUUUUUAAGUAGUUAGGUUUGAUUUCAUUCGUAUUCUUCAACAAAAACAUUCGGCUGUUAUCUCGCCUAAUUUAACUCAAUUCCUGUGUGUGUUCUCAGUCCGUACUUUCUCUAGGGUUUUUCUUCACUCCACUCUUCCAUCGCUUUUUUCUCUCAUUUCUUUAUUUCUUCCCCACUUUUUCCUUUUCUCUUAGGGUUCUGUACCGACAAACCUACAGCAACGACAACCUCUUUUACGCUUUCAAUCUCAUUUUUUCUUCUUUCAAUUUCUGAUCCAGUGGGUUGCUUUUGGUGAUGAAGUUUUUGAGAUCGGAGGACAAUGAAAGAUCUUUUCUGGGUUUUACAGAUUUUUCAUGAUUAUGUUGGUGUUUCAAGUCUUUAAAGAUCAAGCAUUCUAGUCUGAAUCAAGAUUGGAUUUAUUUUUUUCUUCUACCAGUCUCUCAACCUGCAAUCAUGCAUUUCGCAAAGCUCGACGACUCUCCGAUGUUCCGUAAACAGAUGCAAUGUUUAGAGGAAAGUGCCGAAUUGCUGAGGGAUAGAAGCUUAAAGUUCUACAAAGGAUGUAGAAAAUAUACCGAAGGGCUUGGUGAGGGAUAUGAUGGGGACAUUGCUUUUGCCAGCACCCUUGAAACAUUUGGCGGAGGACAUAAUGAUCCGAUUAGUGUCGCUUUUGGAGGUCCUGUGAUGACAAAAUUUACAAUUGCACUACGGGAGAUUGGAACAUAUAAGGAAGUUCUUCGAUCUCAGGUCGAGCAUAUACUGAAUGACCGAUUACUGCAAUUUGUGAACAUAGAUUUGCAUGACGUAAAGGAGGCACGUAAACGGUUUGACAAGGCCAGUCUUCUAUAUGACCAGGCUCGGGAGAAGUUUCUGUCCUUGAAGAAAGGCACCAAGAAUGAUGUAGCUACAGUUUUGGAGGAGGACCUUCAUAAUGCAAGGGCUACUUUUGAGCAAGCUCGCUUUAAUCUGGUUACGGCACUUUCUAAUGUUGAAGCAAAAAAGAGAUUUGAAUUUCUGGAGGCAGUGAGCGGUACAAUGGACGCCCAUCUUCGUUACUUCAAACAAGGAUACGAGCUUUUGCAUCAGAUGGAGCCGUAUAUAAAUCAGGUGUUGACAUAUGCUCAGCAAUCUCGAGAGAGAUCAAAUUAUGAGCAAGCAGCUCUGAACGAAAGAAUGCAAGAGUACAAAAGACAGAUUGAUCGGGAGAGCAGGUGGUGUUCAAAUUCAAAUACAAAUACAAAUGGUUCCAACGGAUCUCCAAAUGGUGGGGAUGGCAUUCAAGCCAUCGGGAGAAGCUCCCAUAAAAUGAUAGAGGCGGUCAUGCAGUCUGCUUCAAAGGGCAAGGUUCAAACCAUUCGCCAAGGAUAUCUUUCCAAGCGCUCCUCAAACCUCAGGGGCGACUGGAAACGAAGGUUUUUUGUUCUCGAUAGCCGAGGAAUGCUCUACUACUACCGCAAACAAAGCAGCAAACCAUCUGUAAGUCAGCUUGCUUUGCUUUACUAUUUAUAUUUAUAUUUAUAUUUUCGUCAACAGGGCUCUGGCAGUCAAAUCUCUGGUCAGAGGAAUAGCUCUGAACUCGGUCAUGGGCUGCUCAGUCGUUGGCUUUCUUCUCAUCAUCACCAUGGUGGAGGUGGAGUACAUGAUGAGAAAUCUGUUGCUCAUCACACUGUUAACCUCUUGACUUCAACAAUAAAGGCAGAGAGCACCCUUGAUCAGAUGGAUUGGAUAGAGAAGAUAACAGGAGUUAUUGCGUCAUUGCUAAGCUCUCAGGUUCCUGAGAGGUGUUUAUCUGGUAGUCCUAUGGGCAGUAGCCAUCAUCGAUCCGCCAGUGAUAGCAGUUCAUUUGAAAGUUCUGAUUUCGAUCACACAGCUGUUGAAGAGUAUGCAUCCGAGAGGGAGAGGCCUGCCUAUCCAAACCCCGGCCGCCUAUCAAGAAUUUCACAUCAUCAUCAUCAUCAUCAUCAGCAGCAGCAGCAGCAGCAAUCAGGUCUGAAACCUGAGAAACCCAUAGACGUGCUGCAUAGGGUUUGUGGAAAUGACAGGUGUGCAGACUGUGGUGCCUCUGACCCCGAUUGGGCAUGCUUGAAUCUAGGAGUUGUUGUCUGCAUUGAAUGUUCUGGUGUCCACCGCAACCUUGGUGUGCACAUAUCAAAGGUACGUUCAUUGACACUUGAUGUCAAAGUGUGGGAGCCGUCUGUGAUCACCUUGUUUCAGUCUUUAGGCAAUGCCUUUGCUAAUUCGGUUUGGGAGGAAUUAUUACAGUCCAAAGGUGCAUAUAAGACGGAACUGGUUCCUACUGGGUUUUACAAGUCUUCUUCUGAUAAGCCCCAGCUUCUUUAUUUCUGUAAACCCAGUCCUUCUGAUUCCAUAGCCGUGAAGGAGAAGUUCAUCCAUGCAAAGUAUGCUUUAAAAGUUUUCGUACGAAAGCCCAAGGAUCGUAGUCUGGUGACACAACAUAUAUGGGAGGCUGUUCGUGCUAAUGACAAGAAAGCUGCAUACCGUCUGAUUGUCAACUUUGAAGCAGACAUGAACUACAUUUACAUGCAAGAUUCCUGUAAUUCUUCUCUAACCCUUGCUAAGGCAAUGCUGUUGCAAGAGCAGACGACGCCAGGGGGUAGUGAUUCAAUCUCAAUCUCAAUCUCAUCAAUGGCAGCAGCAGGCACAAGUGAAGCGCAAGGACUUGGCAUGGAGGAAUUCGAGGGGUGCACCCUCCUCCAUCUUGCUUGUGAAACUGCAGAUAUUGGGAUGAUUGAGCUGCUCUUACAGUAUGGUGCCAAUGUAAAUGUUCCUGAUUUAAGAGGCCAGACACCACUCCAUCAUUGUAUCCUCAGAGGCAAAUCUGCAUGUGCAAGGCUGCUUCUUACAAGAGGGGCUGAUCCUCACGCUGUAAACGGUGCUGGCAAAACCCCUUUGGAGCUUGCGGUUGAAUCAAAUUUUAGGGACAAUGAGGUUCUGAGUCUGUUAUCAGACUCGAAUGGGUGACAGGACAUGAUAUGUGUUGAAGGUGCUAUAUUAUUAUUAUUAUAUUCAAAGGAGGGGUAUCAAGUGUUGGCCUGUAGUUGUGUAAUUAGAGAUACACCGGAUGACAGCAGGGUUUGGGUUUGGGACCUCAAACCAGAAGGGUUGCUGCAAGUCCAAGUUGGGACUGCUGAAACCUCAAACUCAAUUAUUGUGAUGUGAAUUGUGAAAGGCCAGAGAGAGCAUGGGAUAUGCAUCCAUCUAAUUUCUCUGUAAUUCUAGGCGAGUAAUGUAAAGUAGCAUGUGAAUGAAUGGAAUGUUAAGGUUUAUUAUGUAAGGGUGAGAGGUUUGUGCGUUGAGGGGCGUUUUUUUUUUUUUUUUUUUUUUUUUU